GGGCUCAGGCACAGAGAAGGUGCUGUGGGAACACAGUGUGGAACAGCAGGCCAGGCCUGUGACUCUCUUCACACAUGGCUCUCCCCAGUGCUCUCUCUCCUACCUGGGGCCCCUGGCGUCAGGAGAACUCCCAGGAUAUGUGGCAGAUGCUGCACCACUCCGGGAUCAAGCUGACGUUGGCGUAUGUACAGGACCUCUUGCCUGGCUCAGUCCUGAAGCACCAGGCCACCCCUUUUCUCAUCCAGGUGGAUCUUUUCCAGGCCACUGAGUUGGAGACAGAGGCUCCUGCCCCAGCUCCAGCACUUCUGCCAGCGGCAGAGGCAGAAAAGGGGCCACCUCUGGAGCUGGACGGAAGUCCAGUUCUAUUUCUGCCAUCACUCCUAGCGCUGGAGCCAUCAGCUGCUCCAGACCCGGAGCGAGUGCCAUCAGCAGCCCCAGCCCAAGUGGCAGGUCCUGAACUGGACUCAACGGGACCUAGGGGUAUGCUGGGAUUUCCACCUCAGACUCCAGUAACAGACGCAGAAUCAGCUCCAGUUCCAGAGGCUUCCCACCCCUGGCGAGUGACCAGGAAGGAGCAGCCCGAUGGAAAGCCUAGCCUCAUGGCCUUCUCCCCAAGGGAGGUGGCAGAACAGCUGACGGUCAUUGACGCGGAAUUGUUCAAGAACGUCGUGCCCUCUGAGUAUCUGGGCUUCACCUGGGGCAAAAGAAACCAGCCUGGACAUGAGAACGUGGCACCCACCGUCCGGGCCACCGUGGUGCAGUUCAACAGAGUAGCAAAUUGUGUCAUGACGUCCUGCCUUGGGGACCCAAACAUGACGGCCCAGGGCAGGGCCAAGGUCCUGGAGCGGUGGAUCGAGGUGGCCAGGGAGUGCCAAGCCUUGAGGAACUUUUCCUCCUUGUACGCCAUCGUCUCGGCUCUGCAGAGCAUGCCCAUAUACAGACUGAACAAGACCUGGGGGAAAGUGUCCAGGAAGAGCUGCCGAAAAUUUAAAAAGCUCUGUGAUGAGGACAACACCCUGAGCUGGGAGCUGCUCAUCAAGAAGCAGCCGUCCAAGUUUGCCACCCUGCUGAGGACCCUCCAGAGAGGCCGGAAGAGGCAGCAGCAGAAGGGCAAUGAGAUCAACCACGAGAAAAAGAAAAAGGUGAGCAGCUGUGGCCUUCCAUGUCAGGGAGGAGAGGGGAGUGGAAACCAGAGACACCCCUAGGCAGAACUCUCCUGGGCUCCACCCCCUGCAUCUUACAUUUAUGGAGAGAGUUGGAUGACAGAGAAUUAGGAGACCCAUCCAGUGGGGGCGGGGUGGGGGCAGUGGUGGGCAUCAAGCGAAACUUCCUGCAGGAGGGGCUUAUACCCAUCUCUGAGUACAGGUAGGACCUGCAUGGAAUUGGAGGGAAGGAGGGUCCCAUGUGAGCAAGGACCCAGGACCAGCCCCUGCCCCACUCCUCACCCCCUGAAGACCCUGCAGCGUCCCCAGCAGGCUCUGUCUGCAUCCUCUCCUCCCUCUGGUCCCAGGAACACAAAGUGAUGAUGGAGAUUGUGCAGCUCCAGGAGGCUGCAGAGAAUUACAACCUAGAGCCCCAGGAGCGAUUCAGGGCCUGGUUCUGGGACAUGGAGCAGCUCAGUGAGGAAGAGAGCUUCAGCCUGUCCUGCCAGCUGGAGCCCCGAUCCUAGUUGGCCAGCAAAUCUCUCCAGGCCCAGAGA